AUGAUUUACUUCUGUGAAGAUCAUUUUGAUCUACCUAAUGAUAUGGACAAUUAUAUGCAAUACAGAAUACAAGGAUACAUAAAGAAGAUUCGUAUGAAAGAGGGAUGUUUACCCUCAAGGUUUACCUGUCAACCAGAUAGAAAGAGAACAGCUCCAAGUACUGAUCGUAAUGUUAUUGUCAAGAGGCAAAGAAAAACAUUAGUUGAAGAGGCUCUGAAAGAUGUAGCAAAUAAAGGAACAUCUGAAUGUACAAAAGAUAGUGUAAGUGUGUAUUUAAUACAAAAUAAAGAAGAACCUAAAGAAGAUACACAAACUCUUAUGGAAAACCCCUCAGCAUCACAGGAGAAAUCUAUCCAAGUACAUAUUUGUCAUAAAUACAGAAGUAAAGGAAUAGGGUCU